GGCAAACAACAGUUCAUGGGUCUGCUCAGUGUUUCUGGGUGGCCUCUUCAGUUACAGCUCUGGAUGCCAGAUUAAGUGAGCAAAGGGUUUGGUUUUGGUUCAGGUUUGAUGGUACCAAAUAAGACUGAGUUCUAUCAUAAAUAGAGCGCAAACCUUGUUUGCCACAAUUUGGCAAAACUAUUUCCUAUCGCAAGAUGUACAUUCAAAAACAGUUAUGUAGUGUUUAUUUCUGCAGCUGAAAUGGAGCAGCAUUAUUGACAGCCAUAUUAACUGUACCACUAUAUACAAUAUGUUAGUAAUGGCCAUUUGCAAACAAUUAUCAGGUUUAAACUUUCUUUAACCUGAUGAGCUGUCUCACCAAAUUGGCGCAUGACUGAGAAGACAAUUCUUUGUCCAACGCCAUUUGUAUUUUUUGUGUGUCAUUUUAUGCCAUGUAGAUUGCAAAGUAAAUGUAUAUAUGUUCAUAUAUGCUCUGCUCAGAGCUAGUAAUACAGUUUAAAAACUGAGUGAGACUACUUAUGGUGGAUGGGUCAAACAAACAAAGGCCUUUCAAUCCGUCUCAGUCAUCACUUCUUACCCACUAGAAGUGUGCGUUGAUGUCUACAGAGAGCCUGCCUUCGUAUGCCUGCCUUUUUAUUUUGCUGUGUUUGGGACAAUUCUGGGUGUCAGCAAAGAGCUUUUGGGCCCCUAUCUACUAACCUUUCAGGUUGUCAAAUACCAACGCCAUGUCACGCCCCUCAGUGUCUGAUACCGAGCAUUACCUCCAUGGGCACAAAUCCCCCUUUUGCUCUGUCAGAUACAACGCGGCCGUAUAUGAUGACAUAUUGAUGACAACGGGUUUUUACAUGGCUGCAUGUUUUUAUGUUUCCCCUGCUCCUCUCCGUCUCCUCUGCUGUGUGAGCCGCGCUGAGCAGAGUCGACAGGAUGAACUCUGCCCCGCCCGGCUGCAUUCAUUCAAAAUCCGGCAACUCUGCACCUUCCAGCAGGGUUGUGAACAGAAAACAAUCCGAAAACAGCAUUGUAUUUCUCCACUGCUUUGUGCUCAUUAAUGCCGCUCCCUCUCGCUCGACCAGCGCUGCUGCGUCUCUUCCUCACUCACUCGUUGAGCAGAGGAGGAGGGGCCAACUUUGAAUGUCAUGUGUUUAGCAAACCAAUUGUAAUGUAUUCUACCUCGAAGCCAUGAUGUUUUUCCUAAACCCAACUAAGUGGUUUUGUCGCCUAAACUAAAAUGCAGCUGUAGCUACACUAAAAACCUUAUCAUGAGACAUGGAAUGUCUGUAAAAUGACGUUGGCAUGCCAGAUGGUGACAUUGGCACAAUGAAGACAUGGAUUUAAAGACCAAGAUUGAAAAAGAAGACACCAAGAGGGAGUUGCUGGGCAGCCAGACCAGCCUGGCUGAGUCGCACUGUAUUCGAUGUCUCCAGCCCUUCAAGUUCCUGGUCAACAGCAAGUGUCAGUGUCUGGACUGCCAGCUCUUCAUCUGCAAGUCCUGUAGUCUGUUCAACAAGAAAGAGCUUGGCUGGGUGUGCAAUCCCUGUCGCAUGGCCAGGGUCCUCAAGAUUGGCACUCUGGAGUGGUACCACGAAAACGUCCGUGCCCGCUUUAAGCGCUUUGGCAGUGCCAAGGUGAUGCGAUCGCUCUUCAGGAGGCUUAGCGGGGAACGCAGUUGCUCUCAAAAUGACCUUGAAGAGCCGAAUGAAUAUGAUACACAGAGCAUACCGGAGGUCCACACAGAUGGAUACGAGGAGCACAGUAUGGACGCAACAGAUUCACAACACUACAAGGGGACGAAAAAGACCAAAAGGCGGUUAACCGUCGAUCCCUUUGAUUUUGAACUGGGCUGCGACUACUUGAUCCAAUCGAGAGGACAACCGAAUCAGGCGCCCGUCUCCCAAGACAUCAUGGACAUGGAUGUAGGUGAGAGGGAGUCGAUGCUUGCUGAGGCGGAUGUGGCCUCUGUUUUCCACCGGAUAUUCAAGGAUCAAGGCAAAGAUGACCUUGCGUACCCAGACGGUCAAACUAUUCCGUCUCGCUCCGUCUCCCGGCUCAGCUACUCCUCCUGUGGCAGUGGGAGUGCUUGGUUCCCCCAGAGCAGCGGCAGCUAUCUGCCCGGUCCUGUGGACUCCGAGGAAGACGACCACUGCCAGCUCUACCCUCUCUACCAGUCUCAUCCAGGCCCCCACAGCCACACCGCCCAGGAGAGCCUGACCUCACCGAACCCCGCACCGCAGAUCACUGACCUGAACAGACGCAUGUCAGCCAUUGAGACCCUCUUGAACCACUUGGAGCAGAAGGUCACCUCAACAUACUAUGAGACCAGCCAGGCUCCUCCGACUCCAAACAGCACCUCUCCUCUUCCUCAGUAUGAGGAAGUGGACUUAGAGGAGCAGCAACUGAGACAGAAGCUGCACGAGAUGACGGACAACAUCAGUGACCACGGUCUAACCUCUGACGAGGACGAGCCCAGCAGGCCGCACUCCUCCCAAGAGAUCCCAGCAUGGAGGAGCCCAGAGGGGGAGGCCAAGCCCACCAGAAUACCGACUAGACCCACAUCCCAGACAAGCAUCGUUCUCUGCAGUCUUGAGGAGGAGCAGCCUCAGCUGACUGAGUCUCAGAAGACAAACCACUCAACAGACAGCCUGGAGAGAAAGUGGCACCCCCUAGAGGAGGGGUCGAAGGCAGGUUUCAAAGGCUCAACGGCCUUACUGGUUGAGCUGGAGGACAAGGUAGCUCAAGCAGCAGCCAACGUCCAGAACGCCCAGAGUGAGGUCUCUUACAUAGAGAACAGGAUCGCUGCCCUGAAUGCUGCUGGCAUGCCAGUGGAUAAGAGAAGAAAGUCUGCAAUCCCGAUCCAAGCAAGAAGACUCUCCUACAACUUUCCCACAAGCCGGGUGGACAAGUUUGUGAGAAACUCCUUCUACAGGGGCUCCCUGACACAGAGGAACCCAGUGGCUAAGCCCAAGACCAGGGCCACCUGUGCGAAACCAGUAAUGACGCAGGACUCAUGAGGAGGAGGCUGAGCAUUAUGUGACCGCGUUUGUUGUUGUAACAGUUCGUAAUGGACUGAAAUGAAGCUGAGAUUCCUAUUUAAACAUCAGAGACUGUCGACUGGGAUGGGAGUGCUUACAUUUAUAUUUAAAACUCUUUCCUUGUGAUAUUGUUGUGCUAUUUUACUGGGCUAGGUACCAUACUAUAUUUAAUGGAAAUACACACACGAUAUGCACUAAUGUUGCUAGACCUGCAUCGUAGUGUGUACUUGAUGAUUUGUAUACAAUAAUGUACUCAUGUUAAUGUACUCACCUUACUCUGCAAAAGCAUUCACAUUUUCCUGUUUUCAUCUGAAAUCUAUAGUUAUUCGUUCCAAUGUUCACACAGUAGACUAGAAAUGAAAACGCUUCCAGAUUAAAGCAACAUUUAAAAUUGUGAUAUUUGCAGCCUGUCUAAAACCUGCAAUAACAAACUACAAAUCAGUUAGAAAUAUUUUUACAUUUUAAGUUGCUAGGCUACUAUCAUUACAAGAAAGUUAAAGAUUUUGAUAUCAUAGGCCUGUCUCAUAUGGUUAGUUAAAUAGUGAUGUAUAUGAAUCAAAUAAAUAGCAACAUUGAUGCACAGUCCUUGUGUGUAUUAUGGCACAAUAUCUAAAAGGCAAUUAUAGUAAACGUGUGAAUUUGAUCAAAUUUCUUUCUCAUAUUUUUGCAAAGGGAUUGUUUGGAUUAUUUAAAGUGAAGUGAACGUUAAAAAAGUCAACAUCAGUUGAAGUAUUUAGACUGUUUUCACCACUGUACCUUGCUGUGAGACCAACACAAGCCGCUAUCAAUGCUCUCUUCAAAGCCACCAUAAUUUCCAUGAACUGUUUGCACAGACAGACGGGUGAUAAACCAAAGGAAAACCCUUGAAUGAAAGAGGGGAGAAACACACAGAUGCAGAUGUUUCCAUGCAGGUUACAAAGGGUUCAUAUGGCCUUACCCAUCUGUAGAUUUAAAAAGUCGUAUUCAGUUUUACUUUGUUUCUUUAGUUAAAACAUCACUUUAAAUAUAUGUGUAACUCUAAUUAUGCAGUGACAUUGGUUUUGUUUUCCUCAUUUGUCUUAUUAAAUUAUUUACAAACUAAACUGACUCUGUCAUUUUAUCUUGUUUUCUUCUUUUUAAUCACCAACGUAGUUUGUGACCAAAGAUGGGACUUCAAACAGCAGUUCUCUGGUACAUUUGUGUUGUCUUUGAUACCUCUUCCCGUAGCACAACUGCAUUAUUUUUCUCGAAUCAGCCUCUUCUUGUUGAUGAAAUGUUGGCAGCCGCCCA